AUGGUUCUCAAAUUUAUGGUAUAUACAGGUAUGUUGGAUGAUUCUGGUGGAAAAGGACAUGCACAGAAAGUCGUAAUGAAUUUACUUGAGGGAAUGUUGGAUGUAGGGCAUAGCGUAUUUAUGGACAAUUAUUAUAACAGCUAUGAACUGGCAAAAUGUCUUUCUGAUAGAAAAACUCAUUGUACUGGGACGAUUAGAAACAACAGGAAGACAUUUCCGAAAGAGGUAAAAGAAAAAAAAAAAAAACUGAAGAAAGGGCAAACUGUAGCAAAAUAUACUAAUGGUGUGAUGAUUGCUAAGUGGAAGGAUAAGAGAGACGUCACUUAUAUUUCCAAUGAAUAUAAAAAUGAUAUGGUGGAAAAAACAAACAAAAGAGGUGAAGUUAAAACAAAACCACUACCUGUAAUUCAGUAUAAUAAUUUAUGCAGGUAUUGA